UUCACGCGAAUCCGAAUACUGAAUCAUCAGCAACAGUGAAUGUAUCGGAAUGAAAGAGUGAUACCAAAGCCAAAACAGCGAACCGCGCACCAAACCAAAUGAAUUUAUAGAUGUAUUUUUUGUCUGUUACCAAAUAUUUGAAAAGUAAGAGUUAUUAGAUAUGAAUAGUAUUGUUAUUAUCAGUUUAUGGAUAUUAUUACAACUUAACAAAGUUUUAUGUCAAGUUCCAGAUGAGACAGUGAAGGUGCUGAGGAGCGAAAAAGUCGAACUGACAUGCCCGAUCGACGUCGAUACCUGCGGCGAGCUGCACUCGCUCAAAUGGUUCAAAGGCACCGAUCGCAUCGCGGUCGUCUCCGGUGACGGCGAGGUGGCCAAGGUUGAGGGCAGCUACAACGAUCGGCUCUCCCUGGCCCACGAAAAUAAGCGAAGUCGGCUCAUCUUCAAGAACGUGGAAAUUUCCGACGAAGAUACAUAUCUGUGUGAAACCACAUUUUUAGAGCCCUCCGAGGCGUGUGAAAACUCGGGAGCAUAUAGUAUAGCACUAAAUGUUUAUGCCAUUCCUUCUGUAAUAGCACUCCAGGAUGGCAGUAGGAAUAGUAUUAAGAACGGUUCUCACAUUGGACCAAUGCGGGAGGGUCAGGAUCUGCAAGUCGUUUGCGAAGUAUACGGCGCCCGUCCAGCACCUGUGAUAAGUUGGCAUCGGUCGGGAAGUGUUGUUAGAGAUUCUCAAAUUGUGGAGGAUCAUAAUGGGCUGUUUACAGUGAAGUCAACGUUAUCGCUUACCCUCUCGCGCCAGGAACUGGGCGCCACCUACAUUUGCCGCGUUGAGAUGAAAGAGUUGUCGCUGGUUGUUGAUAAUCUUUUUCAUAUCGAUUUACAAGUGAGACCUACAAAGAUCAAUUUAUCGGGUGUCGAACAUCACACCGUUCAAGGCACCAAAGUUCUACUCCAGUGUCAGGUGAGCGGCGCUAGGCCGGCGGCCAACAUGACGUGGUACAACUCGACAAGGCUGAUACCGGACGAAAUGAACGGAAUCACCUCUGUCACCACACAAACGUACCUACAGAAUGACGGCACAUUCGAGACCAUCAGUCAGAUGAUAUUCACCGCAACUCGGUUUGAGAACGGUGCAUCGAUACGCUGCGAGGCGGACAACAUUGUGAUGCGCCAGGAUGGCGACCGGCCACUGCACGACACCCUUACGCUCGAGGUCAUGUACCCACCGGUGGUCCGGGUCGGGGCGGAGAAUAUCACAGUCAACGAAACGCAGGAUUUUCUGCUCAAGUGCGACUACGAGGCAAAUCCGGCCUCGCUCGAAAGUGUCAAGUGGUUCCGCAAUGAUCAGGAGAUCAAGCUGGACAGCGCCCGGCACGACGGGGGUAAUCCGGAGAAUAUCGGGCUCAUCAUCAAGAACUCGACCCGGGGCGACAUCGGAGCGUACAAGUGCGAGCUGGCGAACUCCAUCGGGAAGGACCUGUCCGACAACGAUAUCAAUGUCGAUGUGUUGUACAAACCAACGGUGGUGCUCAAUAUGGACCCGGAAACACCGGUGAUUGAAAACGACCAAGCCAACAUCACCCUGCUGUGCAACAUUGUAGACGGCAAUCCACUGCUGCUGACCAAGGUGCGUUGGUUUUUGGAUGGUGAGUUCCUGAAAGAGCUGCCAGAGUGCGACGAUAAUGGCGAUGGAAACAGCUUGGGCGACGAAAACCUAUGUGAGGUGGACCCGACUAAGAUGUUGCUGCAAAACGUCGGGCGGGAAUUCAUCGGCAACUAUUCCUGCCAAGGUUUCAACCUUGGUGGGUGGGGGGACAUCAGCGAGGAGAACUCGUUGGACAUCUUCUACGAGCCGGGAAAUGCAACAAUAACGCAUUUUCCCUAUAUUGGAAUAAAGAGACGAAGCGUUACAUUCAACUGCUCGGUGGAAGACCGUGGCAAUCCACAUGCUACCCGUUUCCGCUGGCUGCGGGGAGAUAAGCCAGCCAAGGACGUGGUAACCCCAUCGUGGACUGUGGAUCCGGUGGGGUUGGACUCGAGAACGACGUUCACAUGCUUCGCUUACAAUGAAGGUGGCGCAGGAAACGCUGCAGUGGUGCACUUGGAAGUGCAUGCUCCACCGGCUUUUGUACAAAAGCUGCAUCCGUACACCGGAGCUCUGUAUUCGACUUCGAAUAUUUCGCUGGCUUGCCGGGUGGAAUGCGUUCCGGCGUGCUCCAUUUCCUGGUUCAAGGAAGGCGUUGGGAUUGAGAACUCGGACGAACGGUAUUACAUCACAAGCACGUAUCUGCCUGCCGAACCGGCGACCGGAGAUUUCGAGAGUGCAUACUCGGUGUUGCAUUUCAACAUGUCUGCCUGGCCGGACGGCAUGUUAGAUCGUAUCCGUGAUAGCUCCCACUAUUCGUGUGUCUCAUCAAACAACUCAGCAGGCCCUGGCGUUCGCAGUACGACAUAUUUCGGCGUGGAAUAUCCUCCGGAGAACACAUCCCUUUCGAGCUCUUCCAUUUCGGUGGAGGAGGCAAUUCCCCGCGAAUUGUGUGCUCGUCCUGGCCUACCAGAGCCAGAGUUCAGUUGGUGGCGGAAUGCGGUCAAUAUUGUGAAUGGUAGCUCGCUGAUCGUAAACACCGUGAUGGAGAGGUCCGACGCUGGCGUUUACACGUGUGUAGCGUCCAACAAACACGGCAACCACUCGACCGAUGCCGUCAUCGACAUCCACUACAAACCUACGUGCACCAUCACCCGAAAGGAGGUCAACGACGAGGACAUUCUGAUCUGUACCGCAAUCGGCAGCCCCAAGGAGUCCGAGUUUGACUGGAGCCUCAAGUACGAGAACGACACCCUUCAGAACCACCAGACGAGAGGCGACGCCUACGAGAGUAUCCUGGUGCUGGAAAGCGACGUGUCCGCUAUGCGGACGUACGUCUGCGUGGCCACCAAUGGCGUCGGGAUGGGAAAGCCCUGCGAAAUCGAAGUUGCAGGAUACGUGGCAUGGUGGCUCAAGGGAGAUAUUCUGACGCCGUACAUUCUGAUUGCAGCCGUUGCUGCACUGCUGCUCGCGGUAAUAUUGAUUUGCGUCAUCAUCAUCUGCAUUUGUCGCCGAAAACGCAGGCAGGAUAAAUCGUCCAUACAAAUCGAGGAGAUCGAAGAUGGGGAAUUUUCCUUUAUGAAAAAUCAAAGGUCCCCACCCAAACCUGAGCCAGAUGCGUCGGAAAACAUCCAGCAGUAUGAUAAAACUGUCCGAUGGCGAAUCCGCCGGUUCUUCGAAAAGCGAAACAGUAUUGAUCUGCUCAAACUGUCAACACAAAAUGUUAUUACUUAUGUUAAAAAGCCUCAAGUGCCACCAACGCAAUCAGCAAACACAACAACAAUCACCUCCAAAGAACCUCAGCAAACAAGCGGUGAUAGAAAUGAGAAUGUACCGCCAACUGGUACAGAUGUAGUAGUUACUGGCGGAUCGUCGACUGCUGGAGAAUCCCAAAUAGAACCCGGAGAAUAUGAGAACCUACCCUUCCAUGGUAUGCAGACUCCUCCUAAGAAGGCUAUGCUCGCAAAGAAUAGUCUCGCUCCGGCAGUGAAGUGUCCUAACAAGUCGCUAACACCCUCAUGUUUCCCAACUCAUCCGUACAACUACAUCAACUAUCAGCAACGAGACAGCAAUAGCAAACCAACCCCAAGCCUUUCAUCCUACAACACAAGCCAAUCGACUGUGCUAACUAACCAAAGCAAUAUGUCCUCGCUGUCCAACAGCCAGGACUCGUCAAGCAACACUAACAACUCCUAUCUCAGUAAGACCGUUGAUCGGAAGAAACCAAGCCAACACCAGCAGCUGCUGGACAACAGCGAUACUCUUUCGACCCACAGUUUCUCUUCGGGGAAAUCGCUCAAACGGCCGCCAGGUCCGGCUGGAACCUGUGGUGAAAAAAAGCUUAUCGACCUCGAAACGGUCACCCCGCUGUACGAGAACCUAACCGACUCGAUCCAGAUCCACGAGUCGCCGAUGGGAAGCGCCGGGUGUGGCAUCGGAGCCAAAUUUGCAAUCGACGGCCAGGAGCGGUACAAAAUUAGUUUGCGAAAGCCGCGGAAAUCGAACAGUCGGUCGAACAGUGCCGUGUCCAACAGCUACUACGACUGCAUUAAACCCAUCCCGGCGCCACGACACCGGAAGUAUGCGUCCACCAAUUCGCUGCUUUCGAAGAAUAUCCAAAUGUACAGCAAUAAGCUCGAUCCGAUCUACAUGAACCUGCCGGUCAGCUCCGGCUACGAAACGGAUCCCCGAUCGAACGAUGAGUUCAACGGUGCCGAGUGCCCCACAUCAUAUGACAACCAAUACUUUGAGAUCACACAACACCAGACACGAAUCCUGAUACCGAAAGAGCUCUUCCCCGUAGAUAGAAGCAACCAAGUCAAGAUUAAUCAAUUACUGAAAAAGAACCUAGUUUCCUCGAAUCGACGUCACAUUAAACUGCCUUUACAAAAACAUCAUAGCUUUAAUUUCCAAUCCUCCCAAACCGUGGAAGCGACCGUGCGCGAUCUCAAGAUCAAGUCCCACUCGAUCAGUUCAAAAACCCUGCGAGACUAUCGAAACAGCAGCAAUAUCAGCAGCAGCGGCAACAACAACCACGUCAACAGCAGCAGCAGCAACAACAUCUGCGGCAGCGCCCACAGCAACAACAACAUCAUCAAUAGUAGCAAUUUUAUCAGUAGCAAUAGCAAUAGCAAGUUCCCCAUUAACAGUUCCACCAAUCCGUUCAUCAACAGUAGCAACACACUGGCAACCCUGACCAGCAGCAGUAGCAGUCGUCGAUCGCUCGCGGUGGCCCGUCAGCACACCACCCUGGCGACGGCAACACUUGCCACGGUUCGACAGCACCCGACCAGCAGCCAAUCGCAGAGCGAGGACGAAAGCAGCAGCGAUCAGGAGCCGAUCAAACCGCCGCCACCACCCCCACUCUAUCAUCACCAGCAGAGCAAACCCAAGCACUUGCACCACAGUUCCCUUGUAGUAGGAGGCGGAGGAGUAGGCAUGAUCACAUCGACGGCGGCCGCGGGGCCAAUCACAUCACAAGUCUACAAGUAUGAUACUAACUCGAUAGCCUUCAAACCUAUCACUCCUGUGCCAACGAGUACUCCAGCAAUAACUAACUCUAAAUCAACGGUUAAUAAUAUGUGUAAAGAUAAAUUUGCUAUUAAAUAAUAAAACUAAUUACAAAAAAAACGGAGACGGAUAGAAAAGCAAGCAAAUGGAAGUAAGACGAAGCAACUGAAAUCUGAGAUAACAAAGCUAACUAAACUGA